AUAGCAACCAUGAGGUCUCUUGUCUUCGUUCUGCUCAUCGGAGCUGCCUUUGCCACAGAUGACGACAAGAUCGUCGGAGGGUAUGAGUGCACCGCUCAUUCUCAGCCCCAUCAGGUGUCUCUGAACUCUGGUUACCACUUCUGUGGUGGCUCCCUGGUCAACGAGAACUGGGUUGUGUCUGCUGCUCACUGCUACAAGUCCCGUGUGCAGGUGCGUCUUGGAGAGCACCACAUCAGGGUCAACGAGGGAACCGAGCAGUUCAUCAGCUCCUCCCGUGUCAUCCGCCACCCCAACUACAGCUCCUACAACAUCAACAAUGACAUCAUGCUGAUCAAGCUGAGCGAGCCCGCCACCCUCAACCAGUAUGUGCAGCCUGUGGCUCUUCCCACCAGCUGUGCUCCCGCUGGCACCAUGUGCACAGUCUCUGGCUGGGGCAACACCAUGAGCUCCACUGCUGAUGGCGACAAGCUGCAGUGCCUGCAAAUCCCCAUCCUGUCUCACAGAGACUGUGACAACUCCUACCCUGGCAUGAUCACCGAUGCCAUGUUCUGCGCUGGAUACCUGGAGGGCGGCAAGGACUCUUGCCAGGGUGACUCUGGUGGCCCCGUUGUGUGCAACGGUCAGCUGCAGGGUGUUGUGUCCUGGGGAUACGGAUGUGCUGAGAGGGACCACCCUGGUGUCUACGCCAAGGUAAAGCUAAAAUAUCUCUUUAUUAUAAAUUAA